AUGGAUACUACAAGUGUACAGAAAAUUACAGAAAGCAGAAAAAUAGAUGCAGAGGAAAAGAAAUGCACUGAAUAUGAUCUAAAAAUAGUAGCUGGGAUAAUUGCAUUCAGAUACAUUAUCUGCUCUCUUUUUUCUGUCAUAAUGCAGAUUAUAGUAAGUGUUGAUCUGGCAAAAGCAUGCGCUGCUGAAGGGAAUUUCAGCUCAGGUCGCAUAACCAAAAAAGAUUUCAUUGUGUUUUGUUUGCUAUAUAUGAAUCCUAUGUCGUUUUCCAUUGCAGCAUUUAUUUUGUCAAAGCCUCGCCGAAGUAGAAAGAUCCAUGUGUUUAUGUACAUAGCUGCCAUUUUGUUUUCUUUUUGGAUAGUAUUUAUAAUAUUUUCUUUCAUUAUGUUCACGUAUGUUUUUCACAGUAUGGGAAUAGGUCUUUUAGAUUAUCUUUUCACGAUGUGCCCGCUCUUAACAAUCGUGUACGCUCUUUUCUAUGGAUUUGUGGGUAACUUUGGCAAUAAGAAACAUAAAGACUCUCUAUCCCUAGCCAAUGAAAUAUCCAUUGGGCCUACAAUUCUAAUAUUCUGCAGUUUGGUGUACUGUAUUAUAAUUACACUGCUUUUUCUGGUGUUCCCUACACAGACUGUGUCUUCUUUGUAA